GAGCAGCUGUUGUUUGUUUUGUUUUGUUUCCGGGUUCAUCCAUUCUUCUUCGUCGGUUCUCUCCUCACCCAUGUCGACCAUCCGGUUCGGGCAGCACCUGAUCCGGGCCUCGGUGGUGUUCCUGCGGACCGAGCUGUCCUUCGCUCUGGUCAACAGGAAGCCCGUGGUGCCCGGUCACGUGCUCGUGUGUCCACUCAGGCCCGUGGAGCGGUUCCGAGACCUGCGGCCGGACGAGGUGGCGGAUCUGUUCACGACCACGCAGAGGGUGGCGAACCUGGUGGAGCGGCGCUUCAACGCCACCUCCCUGACCAUCGCCAUCCAGGACGGACCCGAGGCCGGACAGACCGUGAAGCACGUCCACGUCCACGUUCUGCCGCGGAAGGAGGGGGACUUUGACAGGAACGACAGCGUGUACGAUGAGCUGCAGAAACACGACCGAGAGGAGCAGGAGGACCAGGCCAGGUGGAGGACCGAGGAGGAGAUGGCACAGGAGGCGGAGGAGCUGAGGAGGCAGCUGGAACAGCACUGACACCUGGACCAGAUCCACUGAGACCAGGAUCCACCUGGACCAGGAUCCACUGAGACCAGGAUCCACCUGGACCAGGAUCCACCAAGACCAGGAUCUACCAAGACUAGGAACACAGAGAACCUGACACCUGGACCAGGAUCCACUGAGACCAGGAUCCACCGAGACCAAGAUCUACCAAGACUAGGAACACAGAGAACCUGACACCUGGACCAGGAUCCACUGAGACCAAGAUCUACCAAGACUAGGAGCACAGAGAACCUGACACCUGGACCACAUCCACUGAGACCAGGAUCCACAUGGACCAGGAUCCACCGAGACCAGGAUCAACCAAGACUAGGAACAUAGAGAACCUGACACCUGGACCAGGAUCCACCAAGACCAGGAUCUACCAAGACUAGGAUCCACUGAAACCAGGAUCAACAAGACUAGGAUCCACUGAGACCAGGAUCAACCAAGAUUAGGAACAUAGAGAACCUGACACCUGGGCCAGGAUCCACCAAGACCAGGAUCUACCAAGACUAGGAUCCACUGAAACCAGGAUCAACAAGACUAGGAUCCACUGAGACCAGGAUCAACCAAGAUUAGGAACAUAGAGAACCUGACACCUGGGCCAGGAUCCACCAAGACCAGGAUCUACCAAGACUAGGAUCCACUGAAACCAGGAUCAACCAAGACUAGGAUCUAGCAAGACUAGGAACAUAGAGAACCUGACACCAUGACCUGGAUCCACCAAGAUCAGGAUCACAGAGAACCUGACACCUGGACCGGGGUCCACCAAGAUCAGGAUCUACCCAGGCCAGGAACAUAAAGAACCUAAUGACACAACCAGGAUCCACCAAGACCAGGAUCCACCAAGACCAGGAUCCAGUGAGACCAGAAUUAUGGAGAACCUGACACCACGACCAGCAUCCACAAAGUUUAGGAUUAUAGGGAACCUGACACUAAGACCAGGGUCCACCAAGAUCAGGAUCUACCAAGACCAGGAACAUAAAGAACCUAACGACACAACCAGGAUCCACUGAGACCAGAAUUAUAGAGAACCGCACACCACGACCAGGAUCCACCAAGAUCAGGGUGACAGAGAACCUGACACUGAAACCAGGAUUUACCAGGACCAGGAUCACAGUCUAUGUUCACACUGCAGGCUUUUCUGCCCAUAUGACUCAUAUCUGAUUUUUUUAUGAUAGCUUGAACAUUGCAAAUCAGAUUUUUUUGGAUCCAACCCAGUCCACUUUUAUAUGUGUCCUAAAUCAGAAUCAGAUCUGAUGUUUUGUAGUGGGAUUUCAGUCUGAACGGUCAUGUGGCAUUUCAUCUGAUUUAUGUAAACUGAAAUGCAACAGAUGUCGUUAUGGAGGCUGGACCUGGACAGAUCCAUGUUUACUUCCAUAAACACUGUGCAAUGUCACUUCAGGACCGUGGACAGUUCACACAUGAGUCUGAUUGGAGUCGCAUUUGAAUUAUAAUGUGAACAAACCACACAAGACGAUAGUAUUUGAACAUUAAGACCUGCAGUGUGAACAUGGCCUUAGAGAACCUGCCACCUGCUCUGGACUCCUUCUAUAUUUGAUCCUGAAUCAGAUACAGGUCUGGUCUUUUUCAGUUUGACCUCAGUCUGAACAGAAUCAAGUGACUCCAUCACAGCUCUUCACUGGAGGAAGUCACUAAAAUAAAAUGUACAUAAAGUAUGUAGUUUAAAUAAAUGCACUUGAAUGAAGCAGAAAUGAGUCAAAGGCAUCACAUGUAAUACAGUUUUAAUAAAACACUGAUAGGAUCCAUAUUUCUACUCCACAGUUACUUGAUUAUUACUUAAGUAUUUUUACAUGAAAGUAAGAAUUCAAAUGCACAACUACUACAGUGUAAACCGACUGAACACUUCUACUACGUACAUCAAUUCAAAUGUGAUUUUUGCCACUUUUUAGGAACAUAAUACGGGGUCUAAAUUUAGCACUGAUGCAAUAGAAAACCCAACAGGAGUUCAUUUACAGCCUUGAAAAUAGCAAGUAACAAAGAAGAGGAAAAAUUGAGUCAAAAAUCUGGCAAAAGACUCAUAAAAUGUCUGCUGUACAAAUUUACAUAGAACAUAUAAUUUAAAAACAUGACAUUAAAAACCAGUGGAGAUUCUGUUCUUGUUAUUUUUAAUUUCUACAGGAAAUAUUAAAUGCACUGAUAAUUACUUUUUAAAUUAACUGGAUGAGUUUUAUGGAAAACCUGACUGUUGUCUGUGUGAACUGUUUUGAUGUUGGAUUUUGAUUUAUUUGAUCAAAAUAAAGUGCAAAUAAAACUCACCAUAAGAUAUUGAGUAGUCAUUUGCAAUUUGGUUCAUAAAUGAUACAAUAAAUCC